AUGAAAUAUACGGAUCUAACCGACGAGAUCGUGGACGAGAUGGUGAAGCAGUUCCAGACGAAUCUUCAACAAGUGAGUUUCAAAGAAUGUUCUCUAUUUGCUUCUAACUUGGGAUAGCUGUAUAGCUGACUGUGUAGGUGACUUUAUAGGCGACUAAACCUCUACCAUCAACACACUGUUUCUCUAAUAGUUUCAGGACUUGGUAAAAAAAAAGAGGUUUGAGACACUUAAAGACGACAGAAAGAUCCCUAGAGAGAUUAGGGGAAAAAAGCGCCUAUAGGAAGAAAAUAGUGCCCCUGGACGGCUAAAAUUUAGGGGAUCCCUAUAGGGUCUGAAGGUCUCCUAAAGCUUAAGCGGUCUCUAAAGGGUUCUUUAAAUUUUUGUUUUGGUUAUAAAGUUGAAAAGGCGCAAAUGAACGAAUAAACAAUAAACGACUAGCUCGCUCCCUAGAGUGACCACUUAAGGAAGCUCUAGUGCCACUGUAUAUGAAGAUAAAGUGGUCACUAGUGGAAAACUCAAAUAAGGUUGCCACUCUAGGGAUCCCUCUGGCGUUCCCAAGUACAUUUUCUUCAUAUAAAGCUUACCAUUGCGUAUUGAACGGUGUACCCGGAAUUUCACAGAAAUUUCCUUUUUUCGGAUAAAAAUUGAUCUGAAGAAGAUACUCCGUUCGCCGCGACUUGACACUUUUCGGGUGUCUGCGUCUCUCUGUUCCCUCACCGGCGAGGUUAGAGAAACGUGAAAAGAGCACGUAAACACGAGAGUGGUCGCCAAGAUACUAGGAGGAUGCAGAGAAAAUCCGCAGUUUUCAAGCCGCGAAAAACGAAAAACAGUUAAAAAAAAAUCGAUUGGAGAAAAAAAGCGUAGAAAACAUUUAUUAUCUAAAAAUAUCAUGUAUCAUUGAUCAUGUGUCUCAAAAUCCUGUCUUGAAAAGUCAUUAUAGAACUUUAAUUUUUCUCAGAAUCCCCCGCGGCCGCCCCCACUUGCCAAAAAACCGUCGGAAACUUCGUCUCGCCGGGUUGGAAUUCAGAGAUCCGACACUACUAUCAGGUAAUUCCUCCCCUCUUUCUGAAAUUAUCAACCAACUAGGGACAUCACUCCAUCCUACAUAUCCGUCGUGGAAAAUCUCGAAUCGCCCCGGGCGCCGUCGCCAACGCCGAGUCGAUUCGACAUGACCUUCCUACCGACGAAAGCCCUACUUCCCUUGGAAUUCAAUCUGUUUCUGCCCGCAAAACUUCCAGAACCCAAGAGUCUGUGA